AUGAGUGUACAAGAUGAACCUAUCUCGCCUUUCGGAGCAUCAUCAACAUUACCACUCAUGGGUGUGGAACGUGGAAGUAGCUGUAGCGGUGGAGGCGGUGGUGGAAGUGGCGUUGGGGAUGAAGCAUUCAACGGCAUGGGGACGCCGGAACUCCUCGACGAGCCGCCUCGCAAGCGGACAAAACUCAUCGGCACCGAUGACGUGUCCGCGCUCAGGAAGCGCGUUCUCGAAUACAAACAGUUGAGACUGAAGAACCUACGAGACAGGUUCACGGAGCAACUGAGCGAGCUGUACUUCCUUCAGGCGGGUGGGAACAUGAUGGACUACAUGGCGUGGCGGAAGAGGCCGCCUGCGCCGCAGCUGGUGGCAUUCCUCGAGGCGCGACGCCCGCCGCCCGCCGCGCCGCCGCCGCCGCCGCCGGAGCCGCCGCCCGCCCCUGCGCCCGCUCUCGCGCCCGCCUCCACGCCCGCUCCCGUUGCGGCGCCCGCCCCCGCGCGCACGCCGCCGCCGUCUCCGGUCGUCGUUGCCGCCGCGUCCUGCGCCCCGAAGACACCACCUGCCGCAGGGGCGGGAACGGUAGUAACUGUUCCCGCUCCCACUCCUGCUGAUGAAAUGGUCGAAAAAGCCAAACAGGAAGCAUAUGUGGCCGCCCGCGUAGCCGAGCUGGCGCGAGCGGGGCUAUGGACAGAGAGGCGGCUGCCGCGGGUGCUGGAGCCCCCUCGACCGAAAACACACUGGGAUUAUCUUCUUGAAGAAAUGGCAUGGCUUGCUCAAGAUUUUGCAUAUGAACGAAAAUGGAAAAAACAAGCGGCAAAAAAGUGCGCUCGUGCAGUUCAAAAAUAUUUCCAAGACAAAGCUGCCGCCGCUCAGAAAGCAGAAAAAGCUCAAGAGUUACAAUUGAAAAAAAUUGCUGCAUUUGCAGCAAAAGAAAUAAGAAUGUUUUGGACCAAUGUAGAAAAGCUAGUUGAAUGGAAAAGAGUGCAGCGAGUGGAGCGAGCACGCAAGGAAGCUCUCGACGAACAACUGAGCUAUAUCGUGGACCGCACCGAGCGCUACUCGCGCCAGCUCGCUGCCAACCUGGGCGCGCCCGUCCAGUCCGCCCAGCCCGCCGCCGCGCCCGACACGCCGCCCUCCGACGACGAGUUUCAGCCGCGCGGCGACUCCGACGACGACGAGGAGACCAUCGCGGCCGCCGAGCAGGAGGCCGCGCAAGACGCCGCCGACCACCGCGACGAGAUAGAGGCGCUGCACCGCGAGUCGCACCUCGACCUGGGCGACCUGCUGCCGCCCGGCUACCUGCCCGCGCACUCGCCCCCGCCCUCCGACUACGGGCCUGAAGAUGACUCCGCUGACGACGAGGAUACUAUCGCGGAACAGGAACAAAACGAACGCCCCGAAGAUGCUGCCGCCGAACUGGCUGCGCUCAAGGACGAAGCGGAUUUAGACAUCGACGAGCUCGUCAGUCGGUAUGCGGGAGCUGCACCGCCGGCCGCUGAUGACAGUGACGCCUCGUCAGCUACUGAAAUAGAUUCUGACGAUGACGAGGUUGAAAAUGAGAAAGACGACGACGCAGACUCCGACAGUGGGUCGUCAUCUGCCUCUGAGCAGCUCGAGGCACUGAUGGACACGGGUGAAACAGCCGAGGCGAUGCUGGCGCAAGGCGCGGCGGAGGGGGUCGAGGCGGAGGGAGCGGGCGAGCAGCGCGUGGAGGCGGCCGCGUCGCUGGCGGCGUCGCUGCAGCCCACGGGUACGACGCUGUCGGAGACGGCGGUGGGCACGCCGGUGCCGCGCCUGCUGCGCCACGCUCUGCGCGAGUACCAGCACGUGGGGUUGCACUGGCUGGCCACCAUGCACGUGCGCCGCCUCAACGGCAUCCUCGCCGACGAGAUGGGCCUCGGCAAAACCAUCCAGACCAUCGCGCUGCUGGCGCAUCUGGCGCUGGAACGCCGCGACUGGGGGCCGCACCUCGUCGUUGCGCCCACCUCCGUCGUGCUCAACUGGGAGAUGGAGUUCAAGAAGUGGUGUCCCGCCUUCAAGAUCCUCACCUACUAUGGGACAAUAAAGGAGCGCAAAUUAAAACGAGUUGGAUGGACGAAAGCGAACUCUUUUCACGUGUGCAUAACAUCUUAUAAACUUGUAGUGCAAGAUCAUCAAAGUUUCCGAAGAAAAAAGUGGAAAUAUCUCAUCCUCGAUGAGGCUCAGAACAUUAAGAACUUUAAAUCACAAAGGUGGCAGAUGUUACUGAAUUUUCAGACAGAAAGGCGGCUGCUGCUGACGGGCACGCCGCUGCAGAACAGUCUGCUGGAGCUGUGGUCGCUGAUGCACUUUCUGAUGCCGGACGUGUUCGCGUCGCACGCCGAGUUCCGCGAGUGGUUUGCGCCCGUGGCCGGCAUCGCGGAGGGCUCGCACCGCUACAGCGACGCGCUGGUGCGGCGCCUGCAUGAGGUGCUGCGCCCCUUCCUGCUGCGCCGCCUCAAGGCCGACGUGGAGCGCCAGAUGCCGCGCAAGUACGAGCACGUGCUGAUGUGCCGCCUCUCCAAGCGGCAGCGCUUCCUGUACGACGACUUUAUGUCGCGCGCCAAAACAAAAGAAAGCCUCGCGUCGGGCAACCUGCUCAGCGUCAUCAACGUGCUGAUGCAGCUCCGUAAAGUGUGCAACCACCCCGACCUGUUCGAGCCGCGGCCGGUGUGCUCACCGCUGCAGCUGCCCGCGCUGCCCUACCGCGUGCCUGCGCUCGCGCUCGUGCCCGAGCUCGCGCGCCGCCGCUCCCUCGCCGCGCGCCUGGGCGGCGACCUCGCCUCGCUUGAGGUGCUGGGCGCCGGCGCCUUCGCCGCGCACCGCGCGCGCCACCUCGCGCCGCCGCGCCGCCUCGUGGAGGAGCUGCCCGACGCUCCGCCGCGCCCCGCGCCGCGCCCUCCGCCCGCGCGCUUGCGCCUGCACCUGCGCCUCGUGCCGCGCACGCCGCCCACGCUGCGCGUGCCGCCCGCCGCACCGCCCGCGCCGCUUGCUGUGCCGCGUGCUACCACCGCCGCAGCCGUCCACGCCGCCACCGCUACCGCCGCCCCGGCCCCCGCCCGCACAGGGGCGCGCGCUCGACUGGACGCGCAACGGCGUGGCUGCCUGCGGCGACUGGCGGCGGUGAACGAGCGGCGCUGCUGGCGCCUGCCGCUUUACGGCGCAGACCUGCGCGCGGCGGUGAGCGCGGGCCCGUCCGUGCUGCCCUCGCGGGACAUAUCCACCGUCCUCGAGGAAAUGCACGACAUUAUCGAUAGGUUCGUAAUCUGCUGGGCGCCGUGCCGCGCGGCGGGCCCACAGUUGGCGGCGGGCGCGGGCGACGGCGCGCGCGCGUGGCGGCGGCGCGCGGUCGAGCUGGCCGUGGCGCUGCGGCCGACCGCGCGCUCCGCGCUCGCGCUAUUGCACGCGCCCGCUGCGCGCGCCGCCGUCGCCUUCCCGCACCCGCGCCUGCUGCAGUACGACUGCGGCAAGCUGCAGACGCUGGACGGCUUGCUGCGGCGACUGCGCGCCGGCGGGCACCGCGUGCUUAUCUUCACGCAAAUGACACGCGUGCUGGAUGUGCUGGAGGCAUUCCUCAGCAUGCACGGGCACACGUACCUCCGGCUGGACGGUGCCACGCGCGUGGAGCAACGCCAACCGCUUGUGGACCGCUUCAACGCCGACGCGCGCGUGUUCGCCUUCAUCCUGUCCACGCGCAGCGGCGGCGUGGGGCUCAACCUCACGGGCGCCGACUGCGUCGUGUUCUAUGACUCGGACUGGAACCCCACCAUGGACGCGCAGGCGCAGGACCGCUGUCACCGCAUCGGUCAGACGCGCGACGUGCACGUGUUCCGCCUCGUCACCGCCGCCACCGUGGAGGAGAAUAUCCUACGUAAGGCCGAGCAGAAGCGCGCGCUCGGACACCUCGCCAUCGAGGACGGACACUUCACCACCUCCUACCUUCGCGCCGCCAAUAUCAAAGAAUUGUUCAACGGCGAGGGGGAGGAGGGUGGUGGUGCGGCCGUGGAGGCGGCGGAGGGCGGAGAGCUGGAGUCGGCGCUGGCGGCGGCGGAGGACGAGGCGGACGCGGCGGCGGCGCAGGCGGCGCGCGCCGAGGCGCAGGGCGACCUGGCAGAGUUUGACGAGACGCUGCCGCUGGACGACGAGCGCGCCGCGUCGCCGCCCGCCCCGCACGCGCCGCGCGUCGCCCGCGACGACGCAGACGCCGGAGAGUUCGCCGCGCUCAUGAAACAGUUGACGCCAGUGGAAAAGUAUGCAAUGCGGCUAGUGGAGACCAGCGAGGCGGCCACCGAGGCGGAGCGCGCGGCGCUCGGCGAGAUGCGCCGACAGCUGCGCGAGUGGGAGCAGGCGCGCCGCGCGCUGCGGGACGAGCCCGCGCCCGCGCCCGACUCCGACCCCGACCUCGACCUCACCUACAGCCGCGAAGACGCGCGCGUCAAGGUGCGUGCCCGGCGGCGUCGCGCGCGCGCGCCACCCGCCCUCGCCCCCGCGCGGCCGCCGCCCUCGCCGCCGCCUUCGCCGCCCGCCCCCGCCGCCGUGGCUGGGGCGGGCGGCGCGCCGCGCACGCGCUCGCGCGGCACCGUGCACAUCAACCUGUGGACGCUGGACGAGGCGGGCGCGGAGGGCGGCGGCGGCGGCGGACGGCGGCGCGCGCUGCGCAACGGCACCCUAGACUCGUGGCUGGCCGGCGCGCCCGACAAACAGAACAAUAAA